UAAGCACUUCAUAGUUACACGACCUUUCGUCGGGAGUUGGAUGUGAUAAUUUAUGUUUUCUGCUUUAUUUUCCUCUUUAUCACUUUCUCAUUCUUCGCAACUGGGGCGUUGAUUCCUUUUGUAUAAACACUCACCGUCGUAAAGACGAAAUUAUAUAUACACUAUGUCAACCGAACCAAAUUUAGACAAUUUAGCAGCAGCAUUUUCUGGGGCGGUAGGAGUCUCUUUCUCCGCCGAAAGUUCGGCUACGCAGCAUCCCAGGAUGUGCAUGUACAAGACGCGGGAGAGCAAGCAAAGUCAAUGGGAGAGACGAAAAGAGAAAUUGCGACUGCAGAGAGAGCAGCGGAGAAACUAUGCUGAUGUAGGAAGGAAGCUUGCUGAAGAAGAUUAUGCAAAUAUCACUCUCAGUGACGAUGAGGAAGAGGAGGAGACGAUGGAUCAGACUUCGCCGACAUCUGGGAAGAGGAGGAGAAGCAAGGGCAAGGGAAGGGGAAAGAAGAAGGAGCGAUAUUACAGCAAUCAGUUGAUGUUAUCUGAAUGGUUAGAUGAUGUUCCAUCAGACUUGGCAGAGAAUUGGCUGAUGGUUCCUUGUCCGGUUGGAAGAAGAACAUUCAUCAUAACCAGCAGAGGAGCAACAUGUCACUACACAAAGAGCGGGCAUUGUGUGAAUCGGUUUCAGAGUGCCCUGCCGGGUGGAUCAAGUGGGCAGAGUAGGAAUCAACAUAAUUAUUCUAUCCUCGAUUGCAUCUACAGUGAGAUCCACAGAACGUACUGGGUGUUAGACUGUAUGUGCUGGCAUGGUCAUCCUGUGUACGACAGCGAGACGGAGUUCAGGUUCUUCUGGCUCCAGUCCAAGCUAGCAGAGAACCCGGAACUAGCGACCGGUUUCAAGAAACAUCCCAUGAAAUUUCUUCCCCUUCCGGCCUUCAAAUGUGAGAAGCAGGUAUUGCAAGAUGCCAUGGCAAAACCUAUGCCAUUCCCGGAUGAGCUAGAUGGGCUGCUCUUCUACCACAAGGCUCUUCACUACACCCCCGGCGUGACCCCUCUCGUUGGUUGGCUGAAACCCUGGAUGCUUCCAGAGAUCCUUGGUGUACCCAUACCGGACGCUCUGAUGGCAAAGAGACCCCCAGGGGCGGAGCUGAGACCCCCUUCCUCCACCCCCUCACCGGCUAAGCCAGAUAAAAAGGGACAGAAUCCAAAGGAUGGGAAAGGAGAUUCCAAAGUAGAAGCUAUGGAAGCAACUUCAGCUAAGCCAGAUAAAAAGGGGCGGAAGCCGCGGAACCCAAAGGGUGGAGAAGGAGAUUCGAAGGUAGAGGCUAUGGACGCAACUGCAGCUAAGGUAGAUAAAAAGGGGCAGAAUCCUAAGGCUGGGGAAGGAGAUUCAAAAGUAGAGGCUAUGGACGCAACUGCAGUAACGGAAGAUGCAAGCUGAAGCAAAUCAGAGAUGAGGUUAAUCCAGACUUUUUGCAGAGGAGGGACACUUCAUUUUUUUUUAAAUCACUGGUUUAAUGAUUUGCUUUAUCAGGAAGUACUUCUGCAGCCGAAGAUACCAAAUAUGUUGUGCUUCAAUCAUUUUUUAAAGUCAUCCGAGGAGAGUAACUAUUAUAGAUGUGAAGUGGUUUGUAUCUCUCAAAGGCAGGAAGUCAUUAACAGAUAAGUUUUGAGAGUUGAGACCCUGUUCAAUCUUCCAUAUUUUCCAAGUGAGAUAAAUAAGAACAGAUCCCUAAGGGUUCAAAAGCUACAGAUGCAAUGGAAGUCAAAGAUGUGAGAAGAAAACAUUAAGAAACAGAUCAGUGGUGAGUGGUAUGGCCUAAAGGAGUACUGUACUUCUGCAGCUGAAGAGUAAUGACAGCUCAUGUGAAAUGCUUUUUAACCAUUUUAAAGAAAGCUUGUUAAAGACAUCUGUGUUUCUUUUAAGAAGUUCCAUUUUGUAAUCAGUUUAAAAUGAUUGUUACUUUAAAGCCUUGUUGAAAGUUAUGAUAUGUUUGGCCUUUAUCAAUGCACUACUGGUCAAAUUAAUUGCUUAACCACCCUGUAUUUAAGUACACAACUUUGAGACAUUUAUUGCAAUAUCCCUGGUUAAUAUCAUGCGUUUUUAUUGCUUGACACAUCAUAUUUAUACUUGCUGAAGUUUAGGUGAGUUCAUUUUUCCAAGGAAGAUUAUAAAGAUGUAAGUGUCUUUCUAGAGAUCAGUAGAUUCUCUUGAUGCUAAUGUCAGUGCAAUAUCACAUUCGUCAAAUAAUGUUAGAAUAUUAUUUGGCAGGUGAAAAGCCUCAACAAGUAUAUGUUUUCCCCAAAUAAAGUACAUGUAUGUGAACAACCAACUCAUGCAUUAUUGGAUUGACAAAGAGCUUCAACUGCAUUAACAAAGAAUAUCUCCAUUAUAACUUCAUCUUCUGGGAGCAAGAAGGGCAUUAAAUCUGUAUGAAAAGUGUAUUAGAAUUGCCAUUCUGGCAUUCAGCAGACUAUUUCUGUUUAUACGUAGCAAUUGCAAAAUUUGCCAACCAUUCGUUAUUUUUAAAUAAAUUCAUGUUUCAUCCAA